AUGGAAAAGAAGGUAAUAUGUCAAGAUAUCUUUUGGUCAUGUGAUGGUACAUCGUUUGUUUCUGUGCAUAAUGAUUUUGGCAUCAGACAAUAUUUAGUGCCGGAGGAAAGUAAUACGGACAAGCUAAACAGAAACCUCCUUCUACCAUUUACAAGGUUUUUUAGAAACCAGUCUAUUGUUUCAUGUGCAAUAGACCCGUUUUACACGCUUUAUAACGAGAAUUCCGACAGGUUAGCUGGUGACAGAAUCGUGGUUGGAGGAAAAAACUUCCCUCUACAACUAUACUCUUUGAUGGACGGGCAGUGUAUCCUCAGCUAUGACACGAUGAACAAAAUAAAUGGAGAAUACGAAACUGUAUACAGUGUGAAAAUCGAUGUUGAGUCUCGUGUAUACACUGGCUCAUGCCGUAACAAAGUGGCGAUAUACGACAAGAGCAGACGAGAUGCCGUGUGGAUGAACCAGAGUACCAAAAAAGCAAGCAAGGGAAGACAAAGCAUUAUAUCUUGCUUUGAAGAGCAACCAAUGGGAGGGCAAGCUCUCUCAAGAGGAUCUCUAUUGUGUGGCAGUUAUGCGAAUGAAAUGUUUCAGGUAGACUGCCGUCAUCAACGACUAGAGAGACUGAACUACACCCGCACAGUUGCAGGUGGGAUUGUACAAAUCCUUACAAGCGAUAACGGGCGUUACGUGUACGUUGUCAGACGCAACAGUGACGCGAUUAGUAUUUACGAUCGGCGAAACCUGCAGCACGAGCUUAACGUAUUGCGCCUACCGUUUCGGAUCCACCACAACUCUGCAAAGUUGAAGGCAUAUAUAGAUACGGCUUACGGACUAAGUAUGGGGACGCCGCAGGGAACAAUAUUGAACUGGGGUCGAGACCUUGUGGAAUUUGGAGGUGUUCCCUCACACAAUAGUGUUGAAGACCCACUAAUCACGUCUAUCCCGCCAGAGUCAGAGUGGCGCACUAACCUUGAUUCUACUAUUCCUGCCACGGUAGUGAAGAAUUGUCCUGGGGAUCCCGAACUGUUCGCCCUAUCUCAUGGGGGCACAAUUUCAUUAUGCAGGUUCGGCGGCUAA